UGCAUCGACAGACUCACACACACCGACACAACACACACACAUCGACAAACACACACUCACGCACAGCUACACGCGCACACGCACCGCGGCACGCACUGGAAGUUGAUGCGGGGGGACGGAGGGACGGACGCGGGGAUUCAGACACAAACCCCCGCGAUCACUGCGAUGUUUCCACCGGGCGACGAUUAGCAACCUCCCGCGUUAGCACCGCGGCAGAGGACCAGGAGAACCAGGACCAGGAGAACCGGGACCAGGAGAACCAGGAGGACCAGGAGGACCAGGAGAACCAGGCUACGGGCACUCCUCCCCGUUCAGCCCCGUGUGGAGCGUCCAGCCUCCGGGAUGUCGGAGCGAGGAGGGCUCCCCCGGACUGGGGGCGUCCCCUCCCCGCACAUGCAGCCCUCCAAGCCGGUCAGCAUCACCUCCAACCGGCCGGUCCACAUGAACCUGUACGCGACCUGGGAGGUGGACCGCUCCUCGCCCAGCUGCGUGCCCAGGCUGUUCAACCUGACUCUGAAGAAGCUGAUCAUGCUGAAGGAGCUGGACAAAGACCUCACCUCCGUGGUGAUCGCCGUCAAGCUGCAGGGCUCCAAGCGGAUCCUGCGCUCCAACGAGAUCCUGCUGUCUGCAGCCGGGCUGACGGAGACCGACCUGCAGCUCACCUUCUCCCUGCAGUAUCCGCACUUCCUCAAGAGGGACGCCAACAAGCUCCAGAUCAUGCUGCAGCGACGCAAGAGAUACAAGAACCGAACCAUCCUGGGAUACAAGACGCUGGCACUGGGCCUCAUCAACAUGGCCGAGGUGAUGCAGCACCCCAGUGAGGGGGCCCAGGUCCUGGGGCUCCACAGCCAGCUGAAGGACGCCUCGGUGCCGGUGGCUGAGAUCAGAGUUUACUCCCUGUCCAGCCAGCCCAUCGACCACGAGGGGCCCAAGGCCAAAAUGUCUGAUCGUUCUCCUGACAUCGACAACUACUCUGAAGAAGAGGAGGAGAGCUACUCGUCUGAACAGGAGGGCAGCGACGAUCCCGUUCACGGGCAGUAUCUGUUUGACGAAGAGGACGAGGUGAGGAAGAAGAAGCCGAGACGCAAACUGGCUUCCAACGCCGCCAUCACCAGACAACCCAACAUCAAGCAGAAGUUUGUCGCCCUGCUGAAAAGGUUUAAAGUCACCGAUGAGGUCGGCUUCGGGCUGGAGCACGUGUCCAGGGAGCAGAUCCAGGAGGUGGAGGAGGACCUGGACGAGCUCUACGACAGCCUGGAGAUGUACAACCCCAGUGACAGUGGGCCGGAGAUGGAGGAGACCGACAGCAUCCUCAGUACACCCAAGCCCAAGCUCCGGCCGUUCUUCGAGGGGAUGUCUCAGUCCAGCUCGCAGACGGAGAUCGGCAGCCUGAACAGCAAAGGCAGUUUGGGUCGAGACCCCUUCAGUCCGGGGGAGCAGCCGCCUCUAGAGAAGAUGAAACCCUCACGCAGCCGCAACCUGGAGGAGGCGCUGUCUGAGACCGACACUCUGGAGCUCACAGAUCAGGAGCUGUUUGCCGAGGUGGGCCCCUGCAUCACGGUGUCGGUGGCAGAGAAACCCCGUACGCCCAUGAAGAGCAGCAAGAGUGAGAUGCAGUCCAUGCCCUCACCAAGGCUGGACGGAGGACACACCCCCCGACAGAAGCGCAGCAGCACGCCCAUGAAGGAGCGGCAGCUGUCCAAGCCCCUGAGUGAACGCACCAACAGCUCGGACUCCGAGAGGUCUCCAGAGCUGGGUCACAGCACGCCGGUCCUGAGGAAAGUGGUGUACGACCAGCUGAACCAGAUCUUGUUGUCGGACUCGGCGCUCCCAGAGAGUCUGAUCCUGGUCAAUGGAGUGGACUGGCAGGGGCAGUAUGUUGCAGAGCAGCUGCAGGUCCAGCGCCACCCGGUGGUCUGCACGUGUUCUGCAGCUGAAAUCCAGGCCGUGCUGUCGGCUGUGCUCACCCGCAUCCAGAAGUUCUGUAACUGUAACUCGUCCAUGCCCCGGGCGGUGAAGGUGGCGGCGGUGGGCAGUCAGAGUUACCUCGGAGCCAUCCUGCAGUUCUUCGUCACUCAGCUCGCCAACAAGACGUCUGAUUGGCUGAACCACAUGCGCUUCCUGGUGGUGCCUCUCGGCUCCCACCCGGUGGCGAAGCACCUGGGCGCCCUGGAUAACCGCUACAGCUCCUCGUUCCUGGACGGGCCGUGGAGAGACGUGUUCAGCCGCUCGGAGCCGCCGCAGACAGACCAGCUGGAUGUGGCAGGAAGAAUCUCCCAGUACAUCAGCGACGCCACCGUCACCCACCAGCUGCCCAUCGCCGAGGCCAUGCUCACCUGCAAACACAAGACGCGAGACGAGGACUCGUACCAGAAGUUCAUUCCUUUCAUCGGGGUGGUGAAGGUCGGUCUCAUCGAGUCAGGUCCGUCCCCGACAGGGGACACAGAAGAGGGCGUGGCCGUGAGCCUGGCCGUCCCCUCCACGUCUCCGCCCUCCCAUGGCUCCCCCACGGGGAUGAUCAAGGAGGCGGCCACCCCCCCGUCCUCCCCCUCCAUGGGCAGUGUCAUGACGGUACAAGGGAGUCCCAGCAUGUCUCACGGCGUGGACGCCAUCGGCCUGCAGGUGGACUACUGGCUGGCCUCGCUGGCUGAGAAGCGGCGGGAGGGCGAGCGGCGCGACACCGGCUGCAAGAACACGCUGAAGAGCGCCUUCCGCUCGCUGCAGGUCAGCAGGCUGCCAGGGGGGGGCAGCAGCGAGCUACAGGCUCAGGUCAGCACCAUGGCCAUGACCGUGGUCACCAAGGAGAAGAACAAGAAAGUUCCCACCAUCUUCUUGGGGAAGAAGCCGAAGGACGUGGACUCUAAGAGCCAGGUCAUUGAAGGCAUCAGUCGACUCAUCUGCUCGGCCAAGCAGCAGCAGACCAUCCUGAAAGUGUCCAUCGACGGCGUGGAGUGGAACGAGGUGAAGUUCUUCCAGCUGGCCGCCCAGUGGCCCACUCAUGUCAAAUACCUUCCUGUGGGACUCUUCGGCUACAGCAAGCCCCCGUCCUAGGAGAGAGCGCCCCCUGGAGUCCGUGACCCGGCCUGGACCUCGGACUCCCCUCGUCCCUGUCCCCCCCGCGGAGGGAAGACGUCCAGUGGACAGACGACUUCUCUUUGGUUUCACGUUCACUGCGCUCGUCUUUCCUCUCUUCGGGGGAGGGGUGGGAGGAGCUCUGGGGUGGGCGUGGUUACCGGUGACGUUAGCGCCCCCGUCCGUGUGUGUGUGUGUGUGGCGAGUGAACACGUGAAUGUACAGUGUGUGUCUGUGUGUGUGUGUGUGUUUACAAGGGGCGUACAGCACAACUCGAUUCGCUAACUGCCAUUUACGUUUCCGUUCUAUGGAAUGCAACAGCAUGCCCCCCCGGCCCCCCCC